UGUUGUUGGCUUUUGUCCCUUGAGUCUUGUUGCUGUUCUUAAAUCCAUCCUAGUUUGUCGGGUAUGCUAGCAUACGCACCUGAGGCACAUGCGCACCGCAGGAACAGGAACAAGUGAAAAAGUGCGCAGUUUAGCCACCCACCAUAGUCGGGGAAGCUUCAAACUUCAAGGUUGUAAAAAACUCCCAGUUGAAUUCUGGAGAUCCCUUCUAUCUCUCCUAUUUACCUUUCCAUUUCGGAUCUGACAGAUAGGAAUAUAAAUAAUUUUCGCCAGUGUUGCAGUUGCAAGAGAUUCAUCGAUUAAUUGAAAGUUGAUGGCUGCUCCACCGGCAAGGGCUCGUGCGGAUUACGAUUACCUCAUAAAACUUCUCUUGAUCGGCGACAGUGGCGUUGGAAAGAGUUGUAUUCUUCUGCGAUUCUCUGAUGGUUCUUUCACUACUAGUUUCAUCACAACCAUAGGCAUUGACUUUAAGAUAAGAACCAUUGAGCUGGAUGGAAAACGGAUCAAGCUCCAAAUUUGGGAUACUGCAGGUCAGGAGCGGUUCCGAACGAUUACAACUGCUUACUAUCGUGGUGCUAUGGGCAUAUUGCUAGUCUAUGACGUUACAGACGAAUCUUCAUUUAACAAUAUCAGGAAUUGGAUUCGUAACAUUGAGCAACAUGCUUCAGACAAUGUUAACAAAAUACUAGUGGGGAACAAAGCUGACAUGGAUGAAAGCAAAAGGGCUGUGCCUACCUCCAAGGGCCAAGCACUGGCCGAUGAGUAUGGAAUCAAAUUCUUUGAAACAAGUGCAAAGACAAAUCUAAAUGUAGAGGAAGUUUUCUUCUCGAUUGCAAGAGAUAUAAAACAAAGGCUUGCUGACACUGACUCUAAGACAGAGCCGGCAGGAAUUAGAAUCAAGCAACAAGAUCCAGCAGAGGCGGGGCAGGCUGCACAGAAGUCAGCUUGCUGUGGUUGAGGAGGCAAAAUUAUUGUCCAAGAACAAGAAGGAAGGAGGAAAAUACUUGUAUGAUGAUGAAAUGAUUGUUACUUGUGCUUUGUGUUUUACCUGGUCAUUCUUUCAUAGUUUCUUACUUUCCAAGAAGUUAUAUAGGAAUCUAAAGCUAAGUGUGAUUUUGUCAUUGCCUCUUAUGUUGUUUAGUUUGGACUUAAUCCAUUGAUCAUUGAUUUUUUGUAAGGUUAA